UUAAAUAGAAUAGUGAUCUGUGUUUGAUCUGUGUUUUUUAUUAUUUUGAUAUGUGGAUUAAUAUUAUUAUUUUGUGGUGGUUUUAAUAAUUUAUAUAUAAUAGAAAUAGGUAUUUUCCCAAUUUAGGAUGAUUACCUAGUUGGUACCUCUAUUAGUCUUGAGUCAUGAGUUAAAAACCUUUUAUGUAUCAUUGAAAAUGCGGUGCUGUGUGCCCUUUUGCAAAAUCAGUGCGGAGAUCGUUUCCGAAUCCGAGGGGAUAUCAUUACACGAGUUCCCCAGAGAAGUGCAUCUCCGUGCUGCUUGGCUCAGAGCCCUCGGCAAACAACUCAACUUACCAGACUCUGCUGUGGUCUGCUCGCAGCAUUUUCUUGAUGAUGACAUUUGUACUAUGGAAAGUGGCUCGAAGCAAAUUCGACCUGGUGCUAUCCCCUCAAUGGUGCAGGUCUGCAUGAUAUGCCUGGACACUCGCAGCAAGCUGUUGCUAAUGAGUAAAUACAACUUGGAUGAAGCGUACCAACACUUAGUGGGACAGCCUCCGUGUGACCAAGGAAACCUAAAACAAACACUUUGCGUACAAUGUGCUCAGAGAUUGGUGAACUUUAGCCGGUUCAGAGACAAGAGCUUGAGAGCCUGUGCACUGAUGAUGGAGCUAGUUGAGAAACAUGAAUCAAUUACAAUGCAACACAGCGAUAUAUUCAAUGAAGCAAACAAUCAACUGAAACAUAACAUUGUGAAGACGGUAUUAAAGCCUGACCAUUGCGAUUUGUACAUAAAUCAUUCUGAUACACGCACACAGAUAGAACUAGAUACAACCGUUGAAAUAGUUGCAGUGAAACACGAAGAAAAGCAUGGCUUUAUGGCUUUUACGUUAGACAACGUGCAGCACAUGCCCAUGGCGUGUGAAGACAUUGAUGGGGAUGGCUUCAACGGACACUCUGUUGCUUAUAAAGAAAGAUUAAGUAAUUCUCCGUCAACAACACCGUCAUGCAAAGCGAAUGAAGUAGAACUGGCACCUAUAAAGCUGGAAGUUACUCUAGUGUGUAAAACUUGUAUGAUGGAGUUUGCAGACGAAGACACAUAUAUUCAUCACACUACAUUGCAUAUGAAGGAGAAUCAAAGCUCGGAUGAAUACUUAAUCCCAAACUACUGUCAUUCUUCAGUUGCUGCAAUGGACGAAAAUCUUGGAACAGAUCCCCAAACACAACUGCAUCCAACUGAAGAUACUGAUAAUAUGACGACAAAUACAAACGAAAUGGUUGCAAAGACAAUUAAAAUUGAAAUUGAAGUGGAUCCAAGGAUGUCAGACGAUGACUCCUUGUCUAACAGAUAUCUAAAUAAAGACAGAAAUAUGUACUCGGGUAAGUUAGAUGUACAAAAAAAAAGGAAUGUAUCAAACAGAGAAGUGGUCAAACAACCUCAAAAACAUGUAAACAGAAAACCCAUUUACAACUACACCACGAAUAAUAGUAAUGAGAGUUCUAAUAGCGACGAAAAAUUAAAGUUUCCAUGUACUCUGUGCAGUUUCAGAACGAAUACGGGUAAAAAGCUAGCGUCUCACAUAGAUGCACAUUUAAAGAAAAACGAUAUAAAGAUAAUAUUCGGUUGCGAUCAUUGCGAGUAUAUAACUAAGACCAAAAACGAUUUGAUCAAGCAUCUAACAAUACAUGCAGAUGAUACAACUUUUACCUGUCACUUAUGCGAUUAUAAGAGUACGAAACUGAUGCUACUACAGAGUCACAUGAGAAAACACUCGGGGGAGAAACCAUUUUCGUGUGUGUUUUGUGAUUUCAAAUGUGGCAGUAAGAGCUCUUUGAAACAGCACAGGAAAACCCAUGCGGGCGAAAGGUCGUUUUCUUGUAAAUUCUGUGACUACAAGUGCAGCGAAAGCAGUUUUCUUUUAAAACACUUGAGGGCGCAUACCGGCGAUCGGCCGUUCUCCUGUGAGCUAUGUCCCCAUAAGUGUUCACGCAGAAGCGAUUUGGUGAGGCAUACGAAAACCCAUUCGGGGGAAAAACCCCACAGCUGUGAAGUGUGCGACUAUAAGUGUAUGCGUAGUAGCGAUUUGCGAAGGCACAUGAGAACUCACACGGGGGAGAAACCGUUUUCGUGUGACAUGUGUCAGUUUAAGUGCGCCCGGCGAUGCGGUCUCGCCCAACACCGUUGCAAGUACAAAUGCUCGCGCCGCAGCGAUCUAGCGAGGCACAAAAGAAUUCACACGGGUGAGAAGCCGUUCAUGUGCGACGUUUGCCAGUUCAAGUGUGCUCAGCGGUCCGGUCUAGUCGCACAUAUCAUUAGGAAUCAUAGUAUGUAAGGCUCGCUCCAUCGUCCCUUCAUUCAGCUUCACCCACUCUACUCGUGCGAUAUGCGCCAGUUCAAGUGCAGCCUCGCCCAACACCGCUUCAAAUACAAAUGCUCGCGCCGCAGCGAUCUAGCGAGGCACAAAAGAAUUCACACGGGUGAGAAACCGUUCAUGUGCGACGUUUGCCAGUUCAAGUGUGCGCAGCGGUCCGGUCUAGUCGCACAUAUCAUUAGAAAUCAUAGUAUGUAAGACUCGCUCCAUCGUCCCUUCAUUCAGCUUCACCCACUCUAUUCGUGCGAUAUGCGCCAGUUCAAGUGCGGCAUGGCCCAACACCGCUGCAAGUACAAAUGCUCGCGCCGCAGCGAUAUAGCGAAGCACAAAAGAAUUCACACGGGUGCGAAACCGUUCAUGUGCGACGUUUGCCAGUUCAAGUGUGCGCAGCGGUCCGGUCUAGUCGCGCAUAUCAUUAGGAAUCAUAGUAUGUAAGACUCGCUCCAUCGUCCCUUCAUUCAGCUUCACCCACUCUACUCGUGCGAUAUGCGCCAGUUCAAGUGCGAUCUAGCGAGGCACAAAAGAAUUCACACGGGUGAGAAACCGUUCAUGUGCGACGUUUGCCAGUUCAAGUGUGCGCAGCGGUCCGGUCUAGUCGCACAUAUCAUUAGAAAUCAUAGUAUGUAAGACUCGCUCCAUCGUCCCUUCAUUCAGCUUCACCCACUCUAUUCGUGCGAUAUGCGCCAGUUCAAGUGCGGCAUGGCCCAACACCGCUGCAAGUACAAAUGCUCGCGCCGCAGCGAUAUAGCGAAGCACAAAAGAAUUCACACGGGUGCGAAACCGUUCAUGUGCGACGUUUGCCAGUUCAAGUGUGCGCAGCGGUCCGGUCUAGUCGCGCAUAUCAUUAGGAAUCAUAGUAUGUAAGACUCGCUCCAUCGUCCCUUCAUUCAGCUUCACCCACUCUACUCGUGCAAUAUGCGCCAGUUCAAGUGCGAUCUAGCGAGGCACAAAAGAAUUCACACGGGUGAGAAACCGUUCAUGUGCGACGUUUGCCAGUUCAAGUGUGCGCAGCGGUCCGGUCUAGUCGCGCAUAUCAUUAGGAAUCAUAGUAUGUAAGACUCGCUCCAUCGUCCCUUCAUUCAGCUUCACCCACUCUACUCGUGCGAUAUGCGCCAGUUCAAGUGCGAUCUAGCGAGGCACAAAAGAAUUCACACGGGUGAGAAACCGUUCAUGUGCGACGUUUGCCAGUUCAAGUGUGCGCAGCGGUCCGGUCUAGUCGCACAUAUCAUUAGAAAUCAUAGUAUGUAAGACUCGCUCCAUCGUCCCUUCAUUCAGCUUCACCCACUCUAUUCGUGCGAUAUGCGCCAGUUCAAGUGCGGCAUGGCCCAACACCGCUGCAAGUACAAAUGCUCGCGCCGCAGCGAUAUAGCGAAGCACAAAAGAAUUCACACGGGUGCGAAACCGUUCAUGUGCGACGUUUGCCAGUUCAAGUGUGCGCAGCGGUCCGGUCUAGUCGCGCAUAUCAUUAGGAAUCAUAGUAUGUAAGACUCGCUCCAUCGUCCCUUCAUUCAGCUUCACCCACUCUACUCGUGCAAUAUGCGCCAGUUCAAGUGCGAUCUAGCGAGGCACAAAAGAAUUCACACGGGUGAGAAACCGUUCAUGUGCGACGUUUGCCAGUUCAAGUGUGCGCAGCGGUCCGGUCUAGUCGCGCAUAUCAUUAGGAAUCAUAGUAUGUAAGACUCGCUCCAUCGUCCCUUCAUUUAGCUUCACCCACUCUACUCGUGCGAUAUGCGCCAGUUCAAGUGCGAUCUAGCGAGGCACAAAAGAAUUCACACGGGUGAGAAACCGUUCAUGUGCGACGUUUGCCAGUUCAAGUGUGCGCAGCGGUCCGGUCUAGUUGCACAUAUCAUUAGGAAUCAUAGUAUGUAAGACUCGCUCCAUCGUCCCUUCAUUCAGCUUCACCCACUCGUGCGAUAUGUGCCAGUUUAAGUGCACCGGUCUAGUCUCACAUAUCAUUAGAAAUCAUAGUAUCUAAACGACUCGCUCCGUCGUCCCUUCAUUCAGCUGCACCCACUCGACACAUGUGACGUUUGCCAGCUCAAGUGUGUGCAACGGUUAGAAUGGGACGCGUUGUACUAAUAAGACAGUAUUGUAUGUAUUUGAAUAUAGAACCUCGCCAUACUUGUAAUAAAAUAUCAAAGUUGUAAAGAAAUUCGUUUUUUUUAUCGUUUUACUUGUUGCCGUAAUGCUUGUUUUAAAAAAGAUUAGGUCUAAGAAAUAUUGUAAAUAUGUGUAAAUUAAAAAUUAUAAUUGAAUAAUAAAGAAAUUCUUAAAUU